AGCCGCAGCCGCCAUUAGACAAUAGGCGCCGGCGGCGGGAGCGGCGCGGGGCGAGCGGCGCGGCCGGGGCGGGGCGGCCGCGGGGCCGGGGCGGCCGGACCCGGCGCGGACAAAGGCGGCGGCGGCGCGGGGAGCCGCGGCGGGGGUGGCAGGCGGCAGCGGGCCGCUCCGUGCGGGGACCGAGCCGCAACCUGACAUGAUGUUUCCACAAAGCCGGCACUCGGGCUCCUCUCACCUGCCUCAGCAGCUGAAGUUCACGACCUCCGACUCCUGCGACCGCAUCAAGGACGAGUUCCAGCUGCUGCAGGCCCAGUACCACAGCUUGAAGUUGGAAUGUGACAAACUAGCCAGCGAGAAAUCGGAGAUGCAGCGUCACUACGUCAUGUACUAUGAGAUGUCCUAUGGGCUGAACAUUGAAAUGCACAAACAGGCCGAAAUUGUCAAGAGGCUAAAUGGGAUUUGUGCACAGGUCCUGCCCUAUCUUUCACAAGAGCAUCAGCAGCAAGUCCUGGGAGCCAUCGAACGAGCCAAGCAGGUGACGGCGCCAGAACUGAACUCCAUCAUCCGUCAGCAGCUUCAAGCUCACCAGCUGUCGCAGCUCCAAGCCCUCGCCCUGCCUCUGACUCCGCUGCCCGUGGGGCUGCAGCCGCCGUCCCUGCCCGCCGUCAGCGCCGGCACCGGGCUGCUGUCGCUGUCAGCCCUGGGCUCGCAGGCUCACCUCUCCAAGGAGGACAAGAACGGCCACGACGGGGACGCCCACCAAGACGACGACGGCGAGAAAUCGGAUUAGAGCGACCGGGGGGAAGGGGGCCGGGGGCAGGGGGCUGGCUGGGGGAGGGAGGGAGGGGGCGGGUCAGUGCAAAAUGCAGUGUCUCUCUCCUGCUGUGCAGCAGGGCUGUGGUGACCCGUGCUGGGUGCCAGCCUGCCAGGCCUGUGCCCGCUGCGGGUGGCAGGGCCUUGGGGGUGUCCCCAGCGCCGUCCCCGGGUGCUGCACAGCAAUGCCAAGCGCCGUAGCGUUCCCCCUGUGGCCGGUCGUGCUCUCCCUGUGCCCAGCCUGCCUUCCCUGUGCCCUGUCCCUCCUCCCUGUGCCCAGCCAGAGUCUGGCUUGGGCGGCUCCGGGGCCGCUUUGCCCCCCCUGGCUGUCCCAGCUCCUCGGUGCCACUUGGCCCCCUCCCUCCACCUGCUGCUCCACCCUCGGUAUUUAAAGAUUGCCCCUCGAUCCUAACGGUUCUGCACAACUCCCUGCUAGGAUCCCCGGCCCGGAACAAUCUCCUCCCUCCCCCAGGCGCUCUUGGUCUCGUCACCCCAGCCCCGUGUCCCCCCCACGCCCCUCCUGCACUAAUACCAGGCCGGCGCCUUGCUGUUCUGCAUGUACCUGUUCUCAAGCAGCUCUGGCUGCCAGGGGCUUCACCUGGGCUGGAGGGGGGAGCCCAUCCCACCUGGAGAGGGGGCAGGCAGACCGAGAGCCUUCCCCAGCCUCCCCCUCCCCGUGGCCCCUGCCCUGUGUAGAGGAUACAGCAGCUUUCUCUGUUCUUAUCUCCGUGCGCUAGCGUUGUCUUCUUAAAAAACAAAAACGGAAAAAAAAAUAAUAAAUAAUAAUCUGGUGUUUGUAUAUAGUUCUUUAGAAAGAUCUUGUUUUGCUUUUUGUGUUUAAUCACUUGACCUAUAAUAAGAGGAACUGAAAAUGCUGUAUCAAGGACGUACAAGCUGUGCCUUUCAAAUAAAGAAAUAAGAAGGUUGGUUAAAA